AUGGGAACAUGCGCUUCCAAGCCUCCGAGACGCAACCCAUAUCUGCCACGGGAUUUCCCGGAGCAACUCCAGACACCGGAGAAUGAGGAUCACCGGGAUGAUUCAUCCGCCGCCGGAAAACCCUCCUUUUUUUACACCCCCAGCCCUAUUCGAUUCUUCCUAAGCAAGAAAAAGUCUCCGGCACGGCGGUCCAGUGGCAACUCCACGCCGAGUAGGAUCUUAAAGGGACCGUUCCCGCCGCCGUCGCCAGCCAAGCAUAUAAUGGCGGUGCUUACGAGACGGCGUCCAGGGACGGGGACGGAGGGAGGGCAGGAAGCAGGGGCUGGUCUGGAUAAGCGGUUCGGGUUGUCGAAACGGUUCAAGGAUCGGUACGAGGUUGGAGAGGAGGUGGGGAGAGGGCAUUUUGGGUAUACUGUAUCUGCCACCUGCAAGUCAGGUGAUCGCACCGGUCAAAAAGUCGCCGUCAAGGUCAUACCCAAGGCUAAGAUGACGACGGCUAUUGCAGUCGAGGAUGUGAGAAGAGAGGUGAGGAUAUUGCAAGCGUUGGCAGGACACGAUAACCUUGUACAGUUCUAUGAUGCUUUUGAAGACGACGAUAAAGUCUACAUAGUUAUGGAACUCUGCGAAGGAGGCGAGCUUCUUGAUCGAAUACUUGCAAGGGGUGGGAAAUUCACAGAAGAUUAUUCGAAGAAUGUAUUGGUACAGAUACUGAAUGUGGUCUCAUUUUGUCAUCUCCAAGGUGUGGUUCAUCGCGAUCUUAAACCCGAGAAUUUCUUGUUGAAAGCGAAAGACGAUGAUUCCCAGUUGAAAGCCAUCGAUUUCGGGUUAUCUGAUUUCGUCAAGCCAGAUGAAAAGCUCAACGACAUUGUUGGAAGUGCGUAUUAUGUAGCACCGGAGGUUCUCCUCAGAUCGUAUGGUACAGAAGCUGAUGUGUGGAGCGUAGGCGUCAUAGCGUACAUUCUUCUAUGCGGCAGUCGACCAUUUUGGGCACGAACCGAGUCGGGCAUUUUCAGGUCGGUCCUUAAAACCGAUCCAAGUUUCAUCGAACAACCAUGGCCUUCACUAUCUACGCAUGCCAAAGAUUUCGUGCAGUGUCUCUUGAAUAAAGACCCUCGUAAACGGAUGACCGCUGCACAGGCUCUAAGUCACCCCUGGAUUCGGGAUCAUAACGGAGUUGAAGUUCCAAUCGACAUUCGUAUUCUGAGAUUACUGAAAGCCUACACGCUUUCAUCUCCUUUGCGCAAGGCUGCUUUACGGGCAUUGUCAAGAACGUUGACUGCCGACGAUCUAUUUUAUCUUAACAAGCAGUUUCGACACUUAGCUCCCGAGAAAUCCGAAAACGUAACCUUAGAGAGCAUUAAAACGGCGUUAACGAAGCACGCAACAAACGCAAUGAAGGAGUCUCGAAUCACAGAUUAUCUUACUUGGCUGAGUGCACUACGACUGGAUUUUGACGAAUUCUGUGCAGCCGCGGUUUGUGUUCAUCAACUUGAAUCAUUCGACCGAUGGGAACAGCAUGCUCGGUGUGCUUAUGAGAUCUUCGACAAAGACGGUAAUAGGGCCAUCGUUAUCGAAGAACUUGCAUCUGAACUGGGGCUCGGUCCUUCGGUUCCGCUACAUGCCGUUCUGAAUGACUGGAUACGGCAUACGGAUGGGAAGCUGAGCUUUCUGGGAUUUGUGAAAUUGUUGCAUGGAGUAUCCACCAGAAGCCACAAGAGGUUACGAUGAAAGGUGGAGUCUUACAUCUGCCAUACAUGAACCAUCAAACUUAACGUCACCUUUCUCCGCGGGGCUUUUUUAGAAAGGGUUCCACUUAUUAUUUCGAUCUGUAAUUAUUACACAUUUCAAGUUAAGGUUUUUCAGCAAGGGACGAAAUGGGUAUUUAUCCAUUUUGAUUAAUCUCUUAACGUUUCAGCCUCAUAAGUAGACUCUUUUGUAGUAUGGGUGAACUAAACGGGUCAGAAGAUUGGCAUGGAGGUCAUCACACCCAAGCUAAAGAAUGUAUUGAAGCUUAAGAAAAACGACUAACUACAA